CCUCACAAACCAAAGUAAAGAAUAGCAAUAAAAUCUGAACCCAUUUUUUCCCUAUAAUAUUAACACAAAAGCUAAAGUUCCCAGUCUUUGUAUUGGAGACUGGAAACACAACCCCUUCGCCUCUGUCUCUCUCUUCCCACCCGCAAAUUAUUUUUUUCCCCAAGAUAUAAUUAAACCCUAAGCAUGAUUUCAUCACUACUUAGUAUUUAUAUCCCCACACCCACAUGGGCAAAACUUUAAGAAAACUCUACCCAUUUGUGUGAUUUUCUUUUUUCAAGGAGCCAAAUGCUUAGAAGGUCAAUCCAAGGUGUCAGUACAUAAAAAAAAAGAAAGAAAGAAAGAAGAAGACAUUUUGAAGCUGUAGAAGGAAGAAGAAGAAGAAGAAGAAGAAGAAGAAGAAGAAAGAAGGGGUUUUGGGGGGGGGGGGGGAGGUCAUUCGUAGGGUGUUUUUCGAGAGCAUUGGAAAUGGUGGCGAGAGAGUGAGGAAGUCAAGAAAGUUUACUUAGAAGGGUGAUGUUGUGUUGGAUGGAUUAUAUGGUGGGAGCCUCAUUUCCAAAGGGAAAAACAACUAGGAGCCAAUGGUGCUGUUUCGAUCACAGAAGAAGACAACACCAAUGUACAAAAACAGAAACCAAUAUUCAACAACAACCGACAUCAGCAACUUCCUCAAACAUGGCUUCUUCCUCUUGUAACAUCUCACCUCCAAUCAUUCCCAUCUUUGUAUUCUUUCUUCUUGUUUCUUCUUCAUUUUGUCCCGUCCGUUCCUCGGAAACCGGUAGUCUCCAUGCAAAGAAUCAAACUUUCCGGCCAGAAGUAGAGUUGCAAAAGUUGAAAACAAUAAGAGAACUUCUCAACAAGAUCAACAAGCCACCAAUCAAGUCAAUUCAGAGUCCAGAUGGUGAUAUUAUAGAUUGUGUUUUGUUGCAUCAUCAACCAGGCUUUGAUCAUCCUCGAUUAAAAGGGCAAAAACCAUUGGAUCCACCAGAGAGACCAAGUGGUGUUAACCCAAAUGGGAUGGGGGGUGAAGAUUUUCAGCUGUGGAGCAUGUCGGGAGAAUCAUGUCCGGAAGGAACAAUUCCAAUCAGAAGGACAAGUGAAGAAGACAUGUUGAGGGCUAGUUCUGUUAGAAGAUUUGGAAGAAAAAGACCAAGAAGACGUGUUAGAAGAGACUCAACUAGCAAUGGCCAUGAGCAUGCAGUUGGGUAUGUGAGCGGCGAUCAAUACUAUGGAGCAAAAGCAAGCAUAAAUGUGUGGACUCCACGUGUCUCUAAUCAAUAUGAAUUUAGCUUAUCACAGAUGUGGGUCAUCUCUGGUUCUUUUGGCGAUGAUCUCAACACCAUUGAAGCUGGCUGGCAGGUGAGCCCAGAACUAUAUGGGGACAACUAUCCCAGAUUCUUUACUUAUUGGACCACAGAUGCAUACCAGGCGACAGGGUGCUAUAAUUUGUUGUGCUCAGGAUUUGUUCAAACGAAUAAUAGAAUAGCAAUAGGAGCUGCAAUCUCCCCAACAUCAUCAUACAAUGGCGGUCAAUUUGAUAUUAGCCUCUUGAUUUGGAAGGAUCCGAAGCAUGGAAAUUGGUGGCUAGAAUUCGGGUCAGGGGUCCUGGUAGGAUACUGGCCAUCCUUUUUGUUUACCCAUCUAAGGGAUCAUGCAAGCAUGGUUCAAUUCGGGGGAGAAGUAGUGAACUCAAGGGCAGGGGGCUUCCACACCUCAACCGAAAUGGGCAGUGGUCAUUUCGCCGGCCAAGGCUUUGGGAAGGCCUCUUAUUUCCGGAACUUGCAGGUGGUGGAUUGGGAUAACAACUUGAUCCCAUUGUCAAAUCUACGAGUCCUUGCGGAUCAUCCAAAUUGCUAUGAUAUUCAAGGAGGAAUUAAUAGAGUUUGGGGCAAUUAUUUUUACUAUGGAGGACCUGGAAGAAACGUUAAAUGCCCUUAAAAUCAAGGGUAUACUUUGAGAUCUUCCUUUCCUUUUCCUUCUUUAAUAAUUGUUGGGUGAUAAUGGGUCUUCGGGGGGUAUUCUUAUAAUUAUUUUCCUUGUUAGCCACCUUUUCUUUUUCUUUACAACUAACAAGGUGUCCAUUAAUCAGACCACCUUUGGGGACUUUAUGUAAAUGUGGAAAAAAGUGAUAGAAUACAGUGAAUACGGUUAGGGUUGUGAAUGCGUGCUAUAUAUUCUUUUUAUUUUGCCUGUCUAAUGUUGAUUAGCUACUCACUUGUUUUA